AUGAUCAAGCGCAGCACCGCACCCCCACCAUGGCGACACGAAUCAGAACUAGCCAUGGUGCGAGAUUGGUUCUACGCGCAGCACGCCAGGGCCGAUGCCUUCUCAGCACCACCCGGCGAUAUGCGGCAAAGAGCGGUGGACCGCGUCAACCUGUGGCUGUUCAAGGCGGGUGCAUUGCCUCCCGCGGUGUUGUCUACGGCCAGCUUGACGGAGGCGGUGAUUCAUCAUGAUCGCGUGCGGAAGACUACUGGAGACGAUGGGCGAGCACUGGUGGAUUUGACUAUCAGCGGGCAGGCCCUGCAGAGUAUCUACGCCAUGGCGUUUGCGAGGUUUGUCAACGCGUUCGUCGACCGUGAUGUUGCUCGUGCCCAUACUGCAGACCUGAUGGUGCAUGACUCUUCUGACGACGGGGACGAGACCACGACGAACACGGGCACUGGCGGCAAUGGUACUACUUCUACGGCCCGGGGAGAGAGUUCCAUGUACGCGCACGCGGCCACGAUCGGGAUGCCCGAGGCUUUUGUUGACCUGCGGCAUCAAGUCGCGCAUGGAGAACUCCCCAGUCUGAUCUACUUGAGGAAGAUGACGUUGAGUGCGCUGGAGUGGUUGUGGGAGCGCUGGUGGGUGAAGAAUGCAACUGGGGACCCAACGAGAGCACUGCUGGAGCUAGCGGAAAGGCGACAGUUAUCUAUGGAGGUGCAGAUGGCGAGGAAUCAUGAGCAUCAGGGUCUUGAUAUAGAGAGCCCAGAGUCGGGAUGA